GCCUUGCCGCCCUUGUGAACCAUCAUCACGAGCUCACCUCGCCCCGCCUCUCCUUUCCCCGCGUCCAUCUCCGGCCGCCUCGACGAGCGCUGCUAUAUACAUGGCGCGGGCCAACCGCGAGUCAACGGAGUUAGUAGCGCCUACGGCCCUGACACAUGGCGUCGGAGGAGGUGGAGCAGAGCUCGCGGGAGGAGCCGUCCCCGCCGCGCACGCCGACGUCCUCCUGGCCGUCGCAGCCGCUGCUCCUGGACCCGGCCUACGCGCGGAGCAAGUCGGUGAUCCACGACGAGCUGCGCAGCUUCCGCGUCUUCCUGCAGUGGUGCGCGCUCGAUCACUCCUCCCCCGCCGCCCGUGCCGCCUCGUACGCGGCCUUCCUCGCGCUGGCGCUCGCCGUGCCCGCCGCCGUCUCGGCCUCCCUCCGCGCCGACUCCUCGCUGUCCCCGGCCUCCGCGUCCGCGGUCACGUUCAACCGCGUGGCCACGCUCACGGCGUCUGGGCUCGCCGCCAUCUCCUUCGUCACGCUCGCCGUCUUCUUCCGCCGCUGCGGUGGCCUCCGGCAGCUGCUGUUCCUGGACGGGGGGCUCCGCGACGACACCGCGUUCGUCCGCCGCCGCUACGAGCGGGAGCUAGACCGCGCGUUCCGCCUCCUGGCCGCGCUGCUCGUCCCGGCCCUCUGCGUGGAGGCCGCGCACAAGGCCGUCUUCUUCUUCUCCACCGUGCGCGUGGAGCCGGCGCUCCCGCUCCCGCUCCCGCACGUGCCGUGGCGCGCGGUGGCGCUGGUGGCCACGGUGGCGUCGUGGGUGUACCGCACGGGGGUGUUCCUGCUGGUGUGCGUGCUGUUCCGCCUCACCUGCGAGCUCCAGAUCCUGCGCUUCGAGGGGAUCUACCACAUGUUCGACGCGGAGGCGUGCGCCGCCGCCGACGAGAUCUUUGCGGAGCACCGGCGCAUCCGGACGCAGCUGCUGGCCACCAGCCACCGGUACAGGGUGUUCAUCAUCUGCUGCCUCGUCACCAUCACCGUCAGUCAGCUCGGCGCCCUGCUCGUCGCCCUCUCCUCCAAGGACGGCAAGAGCUUCGCCAACUCCGGCGACCUCCUGGUUGGUUCGUCGGUGCAGCUGAGCGGGUUCUUCAUGUGCCUGUUCGGCGCGGCCAGGAUCACGCACCGAGCCCAACGGAUCGUGUCCAUCGCCAGCCAGUGGCACAUGCGCAUGGUCUCCGCCGCCCUGCACCACGGCAAACCGGGCGUCAGCACGCCUGCGAGCGACAUCGACGCGGUCGCUCUGACGGCGCCGUUGCUCCCAGUCCCCGGAGCAGGAUGCGACUACAAAAGCAGACAAGCUCUUGUGACGUAUCUGUGGCACAACAGCGGCGGGAUCACCUUGUUCGGCUUCACGCUCGACAGGGGGCUCCUCCAUACCAUCUUCGCCUUCGAGAUGACCCUCGUGCUCUGGAUCCUCAGCAAAGCCGUAGUUCUCUCCUAGCUACUACUAGUACAUCGACCACUACGUAUGAGACCAAUGAUCGUUAGUACUUACUACUCUGAUAAUUAACCAUGCAUCCAGGCUAGAUAGUAGAGUACCAUUCUCAUUCUCAGUUGUUGAUCAAAGUGUAAGUAAACCCAGCUAUAGUUAUUGCUUCCUGAAUAAUUAUACAUCAGUUUCGCGUC